UCUCUGUCUCACCCCGUCAGCAUCUUCCAUAUAAAACACACUGUCCACAGUCUCACUCUCCACAGUCUCACUCCUCAGACACUACCAGGACUCACCCUCAUCACACUCAUCUUCCUCCUCAUCCUCAACAUGCACAGCAAAGAGCAGAUCAACCAUGACGACUACCAGAAGACAGCUGAUUGGCUGUUGUCCCAGACGAAGCAGCGCCCUCUGGUGGGCAUCAUCUGUGGCUCGGGUCUGGGUCUGCUGGCGGACUCCCUGAAGAACCCCGAGCUGUUCCCCUACGCAGACAUCCCCGGGUUCCCCCAGAGCACCGUGCAAGGUCAUGCAGGUCGCUUGGUGUUCGGGGAGAUGAAGGGGCGGAGCUGUGUGUGCAUGCAGGGUCGCUUCCACAUGUACGAGGGACACUCGCUCGGCAAGACCACCUUCCCGGUCCGGGUGUUCAAGCUGCUGGGGGUGGAGACUCUGAUCGUCACCAACGCCGCCGGCUCAUUGGCUGACGGCUACCAUCCCGGUGACAUCAUGAUCAUCAAAGACCACGUCAACAUCCCGGGAUUGGCCGGCCUGAACCCUCUGACCGGGCCCAACGAUGACAAGUUUGGUCCACGUUUUCCCGCCAUGUCCAGUGUGUACGAUAAGGGUCUCCGUUGCCUAGCGAUGGACAUCGUGAAGCAGAUGGGCGUGGCCCAGUUCGUCCACGAGGGCGUGUACGCCAUGGUGGGCGGGCCCAACUUCGAGACCGUCGCCGAGGCCAAACUACUGCAUCGACUAGGGGUGGACGCCGUCGGGAUGAGUACUGCUCCGGAGGUACUGGUGGCGUCUCACUGUGGAAUGCGGGUGUUCGGUCUGUCGCUCAUCACAAACAAGGUGGUGAGGAGCUACGACGAUGAGGAGCAGGUGAACCAUGAGGGGGUCCUGGAGGUCGGCAAGAUGAGGUCCCAGUCCCUCCAGACGCUCAUCACCCAGCUGGUGGGCAGGAUGGACAUGAACAACAACACACACACCUAGACACACACACACACACACACGCACACACGCACACACACACACACACACACACGCGCGCUCGCACGCACACACACACACACACACACACAAAUACACACACUGAGACACUUAGACACAAACAAACUCUGAGACACACACACACACACACACACACUCAGACACACAAACACACACACACACACACACGCACACACUUAGACACACACACACGCACACACAUACUGUGAGAUGCAAACACAAUCUCCUAAACACACACACACACACAUACACACUCACAUACUGUUAGACACAUACACACAAACACACACACGCACGCACACACCCACACCCAAACAAACCCACACACAGUUAAUAUUUAACUUUUUAUAGAUUGGAUAUAUACAUAGAUAUAAACUACAUAGAUGUGAAAUAUAUACCUAGAUAUAAAAUAUAGCGAGAUAUUUAUGUUUAUAGAAAGAAAUAAUGUAUAUGUGAGAUAUACGCAUCAAAACAAUAUAUUUAUGAGAUAUAUACCUAGAUAUAAACGUUAUAGAUAUGAUAUAUAUAUAUAUAUAUUAAUGUAUUAUAAUGUAUAUUCAUAUGUGAAGUAUAUACGAUAUGAACUAUGGCACAACUAUAAUUGAAAUAUGUUUCAGAUAUUUAUGUUCUAGUUAAUGUUAUUUAUUUCAACGGUUGAUAAAAAAUGUGUCAUUGCUGUGACUUUUUACUGAUGUUUGAGAAAAACAUGGAAAUAACUCGGAUUUAUGUUCCUUUUUAUCAUGUCUGUGGGUCAAUCCUCCUGAACAAUAAAGUUUUUAUCAAAACAAA